GAACAAAAACGCGGAAACAAAAGAACUAAUCAGUUUUUCAAAACAAGCGACCAGUCGACACAAAGUGAGCCUUGGCGUGGGGGACAGCUGUUAGAGUUCAGACCGUAGCUCCCCGUAACCCACUCAGAAAGACUUAGCAUGGCUUUGAAGAGAAUACAGAAGGAGCUAAAUGACUUGCAGAGAGACCCUCCGGCUUCAUGUUCAGCUGGGCCUGUAGGGGAAGACAUGUUUCACUGGCAAGCCACCAUCACAGGACCGAAUGACAGCCCUUAUCAUGGAGGAGUUUUUUUUCUUUCUGUCCAUUUUCCAACCGACUAUCCCUUUAAACCACCAAAGGUCGCCUUUACAACAAAAAUCUAUCACCCGAACAUAAACAGCAACGGCAGCAUUUGCCUUGACAUCUUGAGGUCUCAGUGGUCGCCUGCGCUUACGAUUUCAAAAGUUUUGUUGUCCAUCUGCUCCUUGCUUUGUGACCCGAACCCCGACGACCCUCUCGUCCCUGACAUUGCACACAUCUACAAGACCGAUAGACAAAAGUAUAACAAACUGGCCAGAGAGUGGACCCAGAGAUAUGCAAUGUAACAUAAAAAACAUUUCAGAAGCGAGAACUUCUCCCAGAACUCCUCAAAAAGAUGACAGUACUGUUCAACUGCUUUCUUCACACUGGUUGUAACUGAGGUGUUUAAUAUGCUUAAUGCACUUUCUCUACUGAGGUUUUACUUGACUUACAUGUUUGUUUUACUAUUUUGGCAUUAUUGGAAUUAUUAUUCUGAAUAUUUUAUUUGAAGUGUUGAGGCGGAGCGACUAUGUUUCUUUGAACAGAUUUGUAUUUAUAUUUUUCAUCAUCUUGAAAUAAAAAUAUUUAGCAGAAUAUGAAUUCCAUUUCCUUUUUUUUAUUUUGGAAACCCCACAAGUAUAAAGCAAUCCUAAUUCAAAGUGUAGAGUGAAGACUAACAUAAACCCACUUUAUUGUGUGUUUUGUAAUCUACAUGACCACUAGAUGGCAUACUUUACUGUGUACUAACCAAGUCUUUUUUAAUGAGGCCUUAUUUCUCUUCUCCAUAAGACUUGUUUUAUUUUAUUUUCAAUUCGCCAACUGCUUAAUUAUGUGGACUGUGGUUAUUAGUGUUUUGUUUUUUUCUGGAGCGAUGAAAUAAAAGUAGAAAUGUUCUCUAA